UUCUUUCCCGCCCACCCCUCUCAAACCAUCGGUUCUCUGACCAUUCAAGAUCAACAACACUCACUCGUCUUCUCCCCACAUUAUUCUUCUUCUAGCGAGAUUAACUUUAACUUUGCAGAUCUUCAACUCUUAUCUAUAGGGAUCAGGCGUUCGCUAUUUCAUUUAUUUUAUCGUUAUUAUUGCAGGGCCUUGUCCACAUUUAAGGCUAUCAUAAAAAAAUGUCGUUCCCCCGUCCCCACACAUCGCAGGGCAGGCCCGGGCAAUUCCAAGACGACCCCGACCCAAAACUCCAAUUCGAGCUCCCUCCCUUCGACCCAGACCACCGCGGGGAAUUCGACGAUGGACCUCGAGGGCGGGACUUCCGCCCACAGAUCCAUCAGGAUAACCCACCUCGUCACAACCCCGUGCCAAACACCUCGGCGCUGCGGCGGGCCUCUGUCGGAAGGGGUCUGCACUCGGAAAUGUCUCGCGGCAUGCCGGGGGCUUUCCCAGGAGGUGGUAUCGGCGGUGGCGGUGAUGGUGGUCAGAGGGGACCGGUAGUCAUUCAUGGGCGUCUUCCAGAGACACGAUACGUUUGCUUCAAGAAGAAGACUAGCGGGACCUCUUGGGUUAGCGGACGGACCGUAUGUGAGCAUAUCACCAAGGACAUCGGUCCCGAGGCUACGGAGAGGCGGAUUCGAAGACAUGAAAAUCCCGGAAUGGGGAUAUUGGCUAUUCUUAGUAAGAUGGCGUAUUACCAACAACAGCACAUCCAUCUCCAGGAGGAUAGGCUGAAUGAGGCGGAGAAAGGUCCAGGAUGGCAUUGGGUCAUCUCCGCCGUCGGUAAGGAAAAGGCUACGAAGGCAUUCUGGGCAAUCUACUCCCGUUUACCGAAAAGCCAGAAGGGCCACCAGCACCGGCACAGCAUCGGCGGCCCACUGCCCCAAAUGCCGCUUGGGGAACCGAAAGGACGACCCAGCUUGCACCAGCAGCACCAACAUCACCAUCAACGCCAAGGCCCUGACUCAUUUAAAGUCCAGCCAGUUCAGAUCCCACCGCCCCCUCGUCCCAGCAACUUUUUGAGCACGGACCUACCUAGUCCCCCGGGCGCAUUCCCGCAAAAUUUAUACGGGGAAGAGGAGCCAUUUAGGUCGGGGAACUUUGGCGGUGUUCCACCACUUGAACCUCCGAGAGCACCUUCAAGACCCAAUCCGAAUUUUGAUUUUAGUGAUGGACCUAGGAUUAUAGAGGUUGAACCUCCGAUCCCUGGGGCGUUCCCGCAGUAUCAGGACCACCACCAGCAGCAGCAACAGGGCAGGGAAGAGUCUUUCUUGAGGUCGAACAUAAGGAAUCACUUGCCGCAGGGGACGUUUGGCGCGGUAGAUUCUUAUUCAAGCGUCCCUGGGAACAGGUCUUCUAUGCCUGCUAUGCCUGCUAUGCCUGGCGGUCUGGGAGACAUGGGAGGCGGUGGCAUGGGCGGUGGUAUGGGAGGUGGUAUGGGAGGUGGUAUGGGAAGUGGUAUGGGAAGUGGUAUGGGAAGUGGUAUGGGAGGUGGUAUGGGAGGUGGUAUGGGAGGUGGUAUGGGAGGUGGUAUGGGAAGUGGUAUGGGAGGUGGUAUGGGAGGUGGUAUGGGAGGUGGUAUGGGAGGUGGUAUGGGAGGUGGUAUGGGAGGCGAUAUGGGGGGUGGAAUGGGCGGCGGUAUGAGCGGUACGGGAGGCAUGCCUAAUGGGAUGCCAGGAGGCAUGCUUGGUGGUAUGCCCAAUGGCCUCCGCGGCGACCACCCCCCACGCGAUGCAGACAUCCAUGACCCCCGAGGCCGCGACUCCCGCCCAACCUCCCAACAAAUGCCCCGCCAUGACCCACCCAUGGACCCCCACCGCUCGAACUCCCAUCACCGAGGACCCUCCUCCCAGCCCCGCCGCCGCCGCAAUUCCAGCUUCCACAAUGAAUCCUUCCCCCCUUAUCGCGAGUCCCACCACCCUCGUCGCGGCCGCGCCGCCACAAACCCAAACCGUGCAACAAUGGAUUCUACAUACUGGGACUCCGACAAAAUGCACCGCACAGACGAAUGGGUUGAUUCAGUCAGCAACAGCAGCGGCGUAGGCUCCACAAGCAGCAGCCAAGACGGUUAUCUAGGCGCCAACGGCGACUACGUCCUCGACACACCACCCCCCGCCCGCCGCCGCAGCAUAUCAGUCCACGGCGAGCGCGAGCGUGAUCGGGAAUACCACCACCCGCUCCAUCGCGGCCGAAGCUUCAGAGAACCCCAUCGACACAGCACUUACAACACUGGCGCUGGACGCCCGGCGAUAGAAUACGAAUACGCUGUCGCACCCCGAAAUGGUGGUUCUGGGGGAAGGCCAAGGUACAGGACCGCGUAUCACGGUAUGGAUAGCCGCCAGCGUAGAAGGAGUCUGAGUCGGAGACGGAGCGGGUACUUUGGGGACAGAGGCCAUGAGUAUGAGUAUGAGAGCGCCGAUGAUAUUGCCAAUGGGAUGAGGGAUCUGAGGAUUGAUAGCGGGCGGGGAGAAGGCAGAAGGCAGUCGAUGUAUGAGAGGUAUAUGGAUACGGGGAUGGUCGCGUACGUGUGAUUGACUAAUGUCACAAGUCGUUCUAUUUCAUUUUAUUCGAAUGUUUAUUUAGUAUAUCUUUUUCAACCAGGACUUUUUUUUCUUUUCUUUUCUUCUUUCAUCUUCAUCUUGUUCAACGUAUUUAGUGCACCAUACCUAUUUCUUCUCUUAUAUUAUUCCUUUCUUCCCCACUUCGAUCCUUGUACACAAUCUUUUCAUCCAGUACACAACCGUACUUUUUCUCCAUUGAACCACACGAGGUAUCAUAAAAAGCGGGAAAUAAAGAAACCUUCCUCCCCUU